CUUGACUCGAAUUUUUUUGUUUUGUUUGAUCACUGCGCUGGUUGUCAAAAAAAAAUAAAGUUGUAAAGACCGGUGUCGGUUUAGGUUAAAUUUGUUAUUUCAGAAAAAAAGAUAAGUACUGUAACCAUGGAAGAAACCAUUUUAUUUCCAUCACCUAAUUGGUAUCAAGCAAGUUCUUUGGCAGUCGCUCAGGAUGGAUGGCUUAUAUACGGCGGUCCAAGUAAAAGCCUUUGUGUUUUGGAGCCCCUACCGGCAGAUCGGGAUGGUGUUUUACUUGGAAACCACAAUUUUAGAGCACAUGUACUGAACAGAGCACAUAAUGAUAAAAUUUGCUGUGUUGACAUAUCUCCUGAAUGGCCAGAAAAGAGAGAUUUUCUGGCAGGCAGUUCCGAUGGUUUGGUCAAACAGUGGUCCUUGGAGCAAGUUGAUUCUAAGUGGAAACUGAAACCAACUCAAAGUCAUGAUAAACAUCACCAUGAUAAAGAGGAGGUGGCAGGAGUAGCAUAUUCCCAUGAUUCGUACGCCAUUACUGUGGGAUCUUUUGGCAACCUUGUGAAGUGGGACAUCAAAUCCAAUGUGGUGAAGACAUUCAAAAAUCUAAAGGGCUUCAAACCUACUUGCUUGGCGUGUUCUCCGCAUAUUGCUCUACAUGCUGCUGUUGGAACAAAGCAAGGAGUUAUCUUUGUUGUAGAUUUAACUGGUGCUGGUAAAACACUGUACAAAGUAAGGGGACAAGAUGAUGAGAUAACUCACAUAAGCUGGUGUCCUCAGUUUGAAGUUCUAGUCAAGAAAUCACUCAGUGAAUCUGACAAAAAGGAAAAAAUCUCAGUUGCAACACAGAGAAUGAUGAAGAUCAGACAUUUAACUGAUGAAGAAAAACAACAGUUAUCUGAAGGAGAAAGAAAUGUGGAAACAAUUGAAAAUGAGGUAAAAGAUACAAAAAUUGAAAGUGUUAAAAAUGAGGAUGUUAAAAGAGCAAAUGGGAAGACAGAAGACAAAGCAAAGCUAGAAGAAUCUGGAAUCAUCAAAAGUCUUCCUGAAGACAGUUUCGAUGACUCAGUGGUCCCUGAAGAUGAUAUGUUUGAUAUUUACAAGGACCAUGAAGCUGAUGAGUUUGGCCACAAGAAGUAUCAACCAGAAGAUAUUUAUGUUAAAGUUAAAGAGGAAAAAUUACCUACCGAUUACUUAUCUGAAUGUUUGAAGUUGAAGGAAGAGAUUUUGAUGAGGAAGAAUCAACAAGAGCAGACGUUGGAGUCUCUUGUCCAAGCUUUAGACGAUGCUCAUAUAAAUAAUGAAAAACAUGAGGCUUCAACCAGUGACAGUCAAGUUUCUGAAGAUCAGGCACAGUCUGUGGAAGCUGAUAAAGUGGAAAUUGAUACACAAAUUGUUAAGGAUAGUGAGGGAAGGGUGGAUUGUAGUGUUCAUGUGCAUAAACAUUUGCUAGCCACUGUCAGUAAAUUUGGGAGUGUCAGGAUCUGGUCAAAGUCAGGAAAAUUGGUCGGUUCCUGUGCAGUUCAGUCUUCUACGUACAACAGGAAUGCUAGGUCGAAAUGCCCCGCGUGGGCGACCGUCUUGUGGUACAAGCCGGAUUGCUUGCUCAUCGCCGAUGGAAAGAGCCAGUUGCUUGAAUGCAAUCCGCUUCAAAUUGAUUGUCGGAACAAACUAGCUUGGCAUGUGGUCCACACGUUCCACAGGCGAGGUUUGUUCUGCAUAGCGACCAAUGCGCCGCGCGUGCAGUCGGCCGAUCAAUCGCUCGACCAGUCGGACGACCGGUCCGUCGUGUGGACGGCGGCGCAGGACCGCAAUAUUGUCUGCUAUUCCUUGGAGAAGAAACAGAAGCUAGCGUCUAUAGCCAGUUGCGGGGGAUUUGUUUAUAGUGUCGAGGCGUGUCCCUAUGAUGCUGGAAAGAUAGCAGUGAGCGUCGGCGACGGCGCGGUUCGCGUUUGGGAAACUGAAACCGCUGAGGACGAGUGCAAGCUGGCCCCGGGGAAAGUUACCAUGUACUGGCAGAACGUACAGGGCAAAGUGUUGUGUGUGGCCUGGCAUCCGCGCACUGAGAACCUCUUGGCCUUCUCCACUGCUGAAUCUCGAGUUGGUCUAAUCGAUACAAACUCCAAAUCGGACAAGUCCACCCGCAAUCUGCAAUCCGCUCUCAACGGAGGUAUUUACUCUCUAUGUUGGGGCAACGAAAACGAUCUGUACGCGUGCGGAGGAGGCAACCUCGUCGUUUACAACGCGAAAAGAGUGGACGAGGCUCCGACCCCAAUCUCAGUGGAAUGGGAGGGUCAGAAAUGGGAACUGAGCGCGGUCGUGUGGCGGCCGGGCGGCGUGCUCUGCGGCUCUCUGAGCGGCGCUGUGGCCUUACUGUCGCCUGAACAACCGCAUACAGUGCUUGCUGCUACUUUUGUUUUCAGCAAAAUGAUACACACGAUAGACUGGCACCCGCUGCAAACGUCGAGUUCCUCCGACGACUCCCCUCUGAAGAAUCUCAUAGCUGUGUGCUCUCUAGAUAAGCAGAACACUAUUGUGAUAUUGGAAUAUGUUGAAAAUGAAGAUGGUGUAAAGCUGUUGAAUAACUGGAAGACUUUGUCGGGACACAAAGGUGUCGUGUACCAAGUGUGCUGGAGUCCACAUAUCGACGAAUUGUUGCUGUCCACAUCACAGGACACCACCGUCAGGGUAUGGGAUGUGGUGUCGGGUGUGAACACUCACAUUUUCCCCGGCCAUGGGUUCUGUGGCUCCAUCGGUGCUUGCUGGAGUCCGUACCCACAACUAUCGCACACGGUGCUGUCUGGAGGCAGCGAUGGCUGUCUGCGGAUGUGGGACGCUAGGAAAUAUCCGGCUGAGGCUUAUGUUGAAGCUUCAAACGAAACGAAUAAAAAGAAGAAGCGAGACAAGAAAACGGUAACCAAAACUGAAGAAAUCGAACAAGACGAAAGUUCAGUUGCAGCCACGCAGGACUCCAAAAUUAAGGCAUGCAAAAAGUUCUUAUUACCAGUAUUGACUAAACAAAUGUCUCCCUGCAGCAUACAAGGUUUUAAAAAGAUGUUGAAGAAAUAUAUAGAAAAGAAUAACGGUGAAAUCCCUAGUGCGGUGGAAGAAGAUAUGGAACAGAGCUACAAUGUGAAUUAUAUCAAAAUAUUCGGCAGUGUAAAGGAGGUCAAUGAACUGCUCGAUGAGGAAUUGGAACGUCACGAAGAUACCGGUCACACGGAUUCUUGGAUAAUGCUCUCCAUAUUCCGGGGUCACAUCGACGCCAUGAUACAAUUCGCGAGCCAACGCGAUAUACUUUGUCCAUUCCUGAUUAGCAUGGCGGCCUGUGUAUCGCUAAAGUAUUGGAAAGAUGCAUCGCAGUUGUAUUUGGCACAAAUUGAUAGAUUGGUAGCUAAAGGGGAAGAGCAUAAGUUGUUUGAGAACCGCAGCUACGGCGGCGCGACGUUCCGCAAGGCGGCCACGCUGCUGGCCGUGCACGACGUGAAGGCGGCCGUGGGCGCGCUCGCCGGCGGCGGGCUUUACAAGGAGGCCUACAUUCUGUGCAGAACUAGGUAUAUGGACAGUAUUGCCCAACAAGUGUUGCGCUUGUGGGCUGAAGAUUGCUCCAGAUCGGGACAGUUCAUAACUGCUGCUGUUUGUCACGUCGCCCUCGGCAACUUGUCAGAAGCGGCCAACAUUCUUAGCAAGUCCAAAGACGAGAACUGGUUGAGUUUGGCCGCGGAGAUGGCGAAAAUUGUCGGCCAAACAACAUUCGCUGAUCACAUAUCACAGAAACAAGAGCAGAUUAAAAACAGUGUUGUGGAAUCUUUAGAAGAAGAAAUCGAAAAACUACCUUCGAGGGUAGAGCUACUAAUGAAAGAAAUUGCGAAUAAAGAUGGAGGACAAGGUGACGCGCAAGAUAUAAAGGAUAUAAUUGAAAACAGCGCUAAUGUAACUGAAGAAAGCGAAAAAAAUAUUGUUAUGAAAGAAUCCGGACAAGGUGACGUUAAAGAUGUUGUAUCUACUGUCGAUAGUGUUGUGGAAAGUGGUACGAAAGAAGGUAGUGUGAUUCAUGUUAAAGAAAACUGUAAUGAAAAAGUGGAGGUUUUAAAUGGUAAUCAUGAGGCUGUGAAUGGUAAUUAAUUAGUCAUAAGUUUUGUAAUGUUACAGGGCCGGAUGGUCAGCAUUGUUUCUUUUUGUAUUCCUAAAUCGUAUUUUUUGUAUAUGACUCAAAUGCACUAAUACAGUAAUGUUGGUCUAGAAUGUAAACAACUAAUAAAUUCAUAUUGUACCUUUUGUUUGAAAAAUUUCGAUUAUUCAGGUGCUAUUUCUGUAGACCUAAAAUCCGGCCCAAUCUUGUUAAGUGUCGUUCAUUCGAUAUUAUACUGUACUGAUUAGUUAUUUGUUAACACUUUGAUAGUGUUGUGAUAAUCUUUUUUUUAUGAUUACAGAUACAUUUACAAUAUGAUUUAAUUAAUUAAAUCGGGCAUAAGCCCGAGCCGUGUGAUUGGUUAGGUUAGCAGUUUUAAUUUUUUUGUUUGUCUGUAGUCUCCCGGUCGUACAUUGUUGUUAAAUU